AUGUCGCCCACCAUCGCCCUCAUGACUGAGAACGGCAUGUCCAAUCCCGAUCCGCUGGAUGGAGGCAAGCUCGCAAUUUCUCCUGGAAUCUCAUAUAUCGAGCUGACAAUGAUUUCUGUAGUCGACUACGAUCCUAUAGAUCACCUCAAUGCCAUCUUCUCCCAUCCGUCUGCUCUCUCAUCCGUGUACAGAACCUCCGAUGCGCUCCAAACAUACCAAGAUGAGCUUGACAGUGACAUUGCUUCCCUUGUCGAACGACAAGCCGCAUCCAAUGCGGAAAGCGUACAGCGAGUGCAAACAGCAAAAGUAGACAUGGCCGAAUUAUUUAAGAAGAUUGAUGACGUUCGUGAGCGCGCUUUAAAGACAGAACAAGCCAUCACCGAGAUGACAGCGGAGAUCAAACAGCUGGAUAAUGCGAAGAAGAACUUAACUCUGUCGAUGACGGCAUUGAAGAGAUUGCAAAUGCUUACUACUGCGUACGAACAAUUGAAAGCGUUGAGCAAAUCGAGGCAAUAUCGCGACUGUGCGCAGCUACUUGCGGCGGUGAUCCAACUUAUGGCACACUUCAAAUCCUAUCGAUCCAUCGACCAGAUUGCUACGUUGAGCCGUAACGUGGCUGAUAUCCAACGAGAACUACUCGAGCAGGUUUGCGAAGAUUUCGAGAUUAUAUUUGCGAAGGGGGAGAUCCCACAGAGAAAGAGUGUGCUAGUCGAAGGAUGUUUGGUUAUGGAAGUCUUCGGGGAUAUGGCAAAGUCAAGAUUAAUGACCUGGUAUUGCAAUACACAGUUAAGGGAAUAUCGCCAAGUGUUUCGAGGCAAUGAGGAAGCAGGAUCUUUGGAUAAUAUUUCGAGAAGAUAUUCUUGGUUCAGAAGAAUGCUAAAGACAUAUGAUGAAGAGCAUGGGUCGAUAUUUCCGCCUUCCUGGAAAGUCGGUGAAAGCUUAGCAAAUGUGUUCUGUGAGGGGACGCGGGAAGAUUUCAAAGGAAUUCUCUCCCGGUCACUUCGGAGUGGACAAACAUUAGACGUUAACCUUCUCCUUUCUUGUAUGCAAGAAACCCUCGAUUUCGAACAAUUCCUUGAUCGGAGGUUCAGCUCUCAAUCUCGUGCGUCUUCUGAUACAUUCACAUCGAUCGAAUCUCCCGCAUUUGGCCAGUCGAUAUCUAAAGCGUUUGAGCCGUACCUUAGCGUAUGGAUUGAAGCUCAGGACAAGCAGUUAUCGGCCCUGAUACCGAAAUAUCGACAACAACCAAUAAAGCCUCCAGAUGAGGAGUUUACGUCCCGCCUAGUUAUUCCUUCUUCUACCGACCUUUUCACCUUUUAUCGGCAGUCUCUCGCACAGUGUGCCAAAUUAUCCACUGGCUCUAGUUUAUCAGAGCUUUCGAAGCUAUUUGCAAAAUAUCUGGAUCAAUAUGCUCAGCAAGUGCUUCUGUAUUUUGUCACUGAACGCGCAAGUGGGCAGACUCCCUCCAAAACUCCAUCCUUAGAAGACCUUAUACUAGUACUAAACACAGCCGAUUACUGUUACUCGACGUGCAACCAGCUCGAAGAUAAAAUUAAAGGUCGGAUUGAGGAGAACUUCAAGCAAAGUAUCGAUCUACAGAGCCAGGCCGAUGCUUUUAUGGGAAUUGCCAGUUCAGCUGUGCGUGGACUGGUCCGAAAUGUCGAGGUUGAAUUAGAGCCAUCGUGGAAAGAAAUGCGGAAUACGACGUGGAACAAAUUGGAAACCGUCAGCGACCAGAGCUCCUUUGUUGCGGUACUGUUGAACAGCGCCAAAUCCAAAUCCGAGGAAAUCCUGAAAAUGUUGCAUAAACAGCAAUAUGCGCGAGCAUUUGCUGAUAAUUUUGUGGAACACCUCUCAAACACCUACAUAGCCAAUAUUUUCCAGUGCAAGCCCGUGUCAGAGACUGGUGCUGAACAAAUGCUCCUUGACGCUUACACAAUAAAAAGUGCCAUCGCCAAUCUUCUUUCCCCGCCACCAGCCGGAUUUACCAAGCGACUAAACACGUCCUUCCAAAAAGUCGACUUUCUCCUGAAAACUCUCCAAGUCCGAGCCACCCCACCUGAAGCCCUUGUGCAGGCUUACCUCAUUCACAUCGCUGACCGAAGCGAUGCAAACUUCCGUAGGAUCCUUGAAGUCAAAGGAAUCCGAAGCAAACAGGAACAAAACCAGCUCAUUGAGCUGUUUCAAGUCCACAAAUCCUCUGACCGUCAUGCAUCCAACUUACAACCAAGCAAUCCUCUGUUCACCCAAUUGCAGCCUCCGACAUCGUCAUCAUCAUCCACCACGGCACCCACGGCAACUGUAUCCCAAGGCCUGGGUCUGAGCAACCUAGGCGGAGUUGGCGGCUCCUCACUCGCAACUGGCGCUCUUCCAGCUCGAUUCGAUGCCUCGAGCCUCGGUUCUGCACUCAUAUCCGCAGCCAGAGAUGGGGUUGACAGACUGGGCACUCCUCUUGUUGGUGGCCCUGGAGCCGGUGGGCCCGGAAUUUCCGCAGCCAACUCCCCACCAGGCUCGACCACUCCGGUGGUCGGUUUAGGCGCCAGUCUAGGACAACGGGGGGAUGGUAUAGAGAGUACCGGACUAGGGUCAACGAACCUUAAUGAGAAUCUUAAAAAUAUUGGGAAAUUCUUUCGGAGGGAUUUGGGUGGGCUAGGUGGACGGUUCGGGAAGAGUGGAGAUGAAAGUGGGGGAAAGUAG